UUACUUUGAUGCAUUAUAAAAUAAAAAAUAAAUAAAUAUUAAAUAAUGGAAUUAGAUGAAUUCUGCUGCGUUUGUGUUCAAAAAAAUUUACAUUUAGAGUUAAUUGAAAAUCUUGACGAGAAUGAAAUUAAGUAUAGUGAAAAACUGUGUUUAUGUGACAAUAACCAGGAAUGGAAAAGAGAAUAUAAAAUAUGCAUAAACUGCAUUGCACAGCUGAAUUUGGCAUACAACUUUAUUCAGAUGUGUUUUAAAAGCAAAGAACUGAGAGAAUCCAUAAAAUCAGAACAACAAAAGGCUUAUCCCUGUGAUCAGUGCAAUAAAAAGUUUUUACAGAAAUCGUCCCUAUUGACGCAUAUAAUUAUAAUUCACAAUGAGCAAAAACCUGAAGAAAGUGAGCAACAUUUCGAUUCCCGAGAUAAUAAAAUAGAAAUAGAAAAUGACAAACUUAGUGAAUGUGUUAUAAAUGAGGUAAAAACAGAAGGAAAUAACUAUUCUAGUGAAGAAGAAGAAGAAAGACCGAAACCAGUAUUAAAGAAAAAAUACAACAAACUUAAAGUCCCAUUGACUUGUGAAUAUUGUGGCAAGAAUUUCAAUAGAAGACAGCAUUAUACUGCUCAUAUUCGUGCCAAACAUACUUUUGAGAAACCAUACAAGUGUGAUCUUUGUGAUGCAAAGUUCACUAACUCUCAUAGCCUCCUUGUUCAUAAAAGAAAUCACAACAAUGAGAAACCAUUUGUGUGUUCUUAUUGUGGGAAAUGUUUUGUAUGCUCUGGUGAUUUAUACCAUCAUAGCAAAAUACAUUUAAAUAAAAGAGAGUACAAGUGUAAUUUGUGUGAUAAAAGUUUUAACACUACAAGUAUUUUAAGAACUCAUAAAAUAUGCAUGCAUGUUGAACCAAAAGACUGGAAAUAUAUUUGUAAAUACUGUGAAAAGAGAUUUCCCAUAAAUUCCAGCUUGGUUACUCAUAUGAAGAGACAUGAAGGUAUCAAAGAAGUUGAUUGUCAUAUAUGUGAUAAGAAGUUUUUUGAUAAAUCUGAGUUGUCCAAACAUUUCAGAUCGCACAAUAAUGAAAGGCAGUUCAAAUGCAACAUAUGUCAAGACAAAGAGUAUAAAAACCAUUAUGGUUUGAAGAAACACUUGAAAAUUAUUCAUAACAUAGGAUCAAUUAACAUUCCAAAACCAGAAAAGAAGUUUGCCUGUCCUCUGUGCUCAAAAACUUUUGCUUUUAACAAUAAACUACAGAAACACCUUUGUACACACACUGGAAUAAAACCUUUUAAAUGUCUCCAUUGUGAUAAAAGGUUCAUAGAGAACUAUUAUAUGAAGAUGCAUUUAAAAAAGAAACAUAAUAUUGAUAGUGCAACUGCUGAAGUAGGAUAAUUAUAGGGCCUGAGACUUCAUUUUCUUAAUUUUUUUUACAAACUUAUAGUCUAGGUAGUCUGGGAAAUACUUAUGUUAAAGAAAAAUAAUAUAGUAUUCAAUAAUCAUACAGGGAGAUAGAAGUAGUUUGUAUUUUGUUCUAAAGUAGAAUAAUUUGAGUAUACAUAUAGAAUAUAAUUGUAGAAACAAGACUGCAACAACUAUUUCAAGUGAAAGAAUUAUUUCUAUGAAUAAUAUCGAAUUUUUUAUUCUCUACCAUUGAAUACUUUUAAAAUGACUUUUUAAAUUGAUCUAUGGGAUCUGCAUCACUUUCUUUUAAUACCUUAAGACAUAUUUACGAGACUCUGUAGGUAGACCAGUUUAAAUAGUGUGUCACUGUGAUUAUUAUAUUAUGUAAAAAUAGACUCUAUUUUUCAGACUAUAGCAAGUAUUAUUUUAAACAGUGAUUUUGUUCCUUAC